AUGUCCUCUAUAUCUCCAAUCCUUGAGCCCCAUCUUGGUGAGCAGGGAAAUCCACGGCGGAUUUCUCGAAACGAUGCAGCCACAGGUGCAUCUGCUGCGGGUGUUCGGGCUCUUAGUGCGCAGAUGGUAGCUUUCUAUUUCAGAGCACCAAUUAAAGCUUUUUUCCGUACGCGUGUUGAUUAUAUGGCCUUUGCAAGAGCUGUGAACCCUCGUGUUGCCGAAGGCAAAUGGUCUCUUCAUACGACAACCCCGGGGUUGUUGCUCCAUGCUGUACGGACAUAUGGCUGGCGCUUUAUCCCCAACCAAGUCCUACCACCUUUGAUGGCAAAUGCAGGGGUUGGCGCGGUCCUCUACACGUCUUAUCUCCAGGUUUUGGGGGCUCUGCAUGAACCUGUGUCUCAGGGGGUCAAGCGAGUCUGGCCCCCAGCUCCUCCCUCCGCAACAUUUGCUUCUGGGUUUACCGCUGGUACCAUUCAAUCGAUUGUUGCUGCCCCUCUAGACGCCUUGCAGGUUCGCUUAAAGACGAAUGAUAUGCUAAAGGGCCAGUAUCGAAGCAUGUGGCAUUAUGGCCAUCAUAAGCUCAAACAAAUCGGCCCGCGCGGGGUAUUUGCAGGCUGGAGUCUUUCAUUUCUGCGAGAUUCCCUUGGAUAUGCCAUAUUUUUCUCCUCGUUUGAGUAUAUCAAGUCACAAUCCUACUAUUCCUUCGUCACUUGGUACUACGGGUCUCUACGAUCUGAGCAUGUGGACAUGUUUCCAUCGUCAGGGUCCAGCGACCGUGGAGUGCCACUCAUCAAACCCCACUAUGCCCUGGAACCUUGCUUCCUAAUGAUGGCGGGUGUUGUGGCAUCGAUUGCCCAGCAAGCUAUACAACACCCUCUAAGCAGGAUCCAAGACCUUCAUCUAGGUCGACUGGAGUAUUUAGAUCACCACGCCAGCCUCAUCCCCUCGCGGCAAAAAAUGAUGCAACUCUACUACCACGCCUACCAAGAGACCUUCAAAAGGUGUGAGCGGAAGGCCAAGCGGGCUGGGGGCUGGCGCCCCUGGCUGUUCCGUGGCUUUGUUGGGAGCUCGAUUCGCCAAGUUCCUAGCACCAGUGCCGGUCUCGUGAUUUUUGAGUUGGUCCGCCGACGGUAUGCUAGUCUGGCGGAUGCUGUCCACAUCCAGAGUGAUGGAUAUGACAUUCUUCUCAAUUAG